AUGACUGGCGUUCGGCGUCGAUUCGAUCCAACAUUUCGGCUUAUACCCCUCUGCUCCAUCCUCUGCCUCCGAAUACCUAGGUAGCCUUCGACACGCCCGAGCGCAGACGCCAGGAUGAAAGCUGCUCAAUUCUUCGGCCAACGAGACAUCAGAGUUGUCGACGUACCAAAGCCGGAGCCUAAGGAUCAUGAAGCCCUGGUUGCCAUCGAGUGGUGCGGUAUUUGCGGAUCGGACCUUCACGAAUACCUCAUAGGACCUGCCGUUAUCCCGCGAAAGGAACGCCCACAUCCGCUCACCGGCGAGUACCUCCCGGUCACCUUGGGCCAUGAGUUCUGCGGCCGGAUCGUGAGCGCACCGGAAGGCUCGGCCCUUGCCCCUGGUCAAGCGGUCAUGAUCGAUCCUCGUAUCUACUGCAGCAAGUGCUCGCGCUGUACUGCUUCGUCUACGAAUGCGUGCCGUUCCUGGGGCUUCAAAGGAUAUUCUGGUUCAGGUGGUGGUUUUUCCGAAGCAGUCGCCAUCGACGCCAAUCUCUGCUACGCGCUCCCCGAUUCCGUGGACCUGAAGCUCGCAGUGUUAAUUGAGCCGCUUGCAGUAGCAUGGCACGCUAUCGCGAUAUCAGAGGUCUCCGAUUGGACUUCCAAAUCCGUUCUGAUCCUGGGUGGUGGGCCUGUUGGCAUUGCGCACAUCUAUGUCCUCCAAGCGAAAAGAUGCAAGAAGAUUCUCGUUUCGGAGCCUACAUCAAUGAGAGCGGCUCAAAACAAGGAGAUAGCUGAUAGAGUGUUCAACCCGAUCGGAGAGAACGUUGGCAAUCGAUGUCGAGAGCUUACUGCGGGAGAGGGCGUAGAUGUUGUUUUUGAUUGCGCUGGUAUUCAGAAGGGCAUGGAUGCGGGUAUGGAUGCGCUAAGCUAUAGAGGCGUGUACAUGAAUGUCGCCGGGUGGGAGACACAGAUGGUUGUCCCUUCGAGUCAGAUGCUGCUGAAGGAGCUCACGCUCAAGGCGAGCAUGGCGUACGAUGACAAGGACUUCAAAGAGACAGUGGACGCUUUUGUAGCCGGCAAGUUCAACGGCGUAGAAAGGAUGGUCACAAGUCGCAUUCACAUCGAUGACAUCACGUCCAAAGGAUUCGAAGAGCUGGUAACGAAUAAGGACAAGCACAUCAAAAUUAUGGUCACAACCCACAAAGACAAGGUGUAGAGGGUAUACCAGCUGUUAGGCCGCGCGUGUGCGAUUGUUCGGUCGCUUCAGCGUACAGCAGCAAAUGCGUCGUCUAGGAUGACAAAUGCCCGCAAAGAGUCGUUCUUCCCGAAUCAUCCCAUCACACUAACUCUGGAUGAGGGGAUCAUGUGCGGGGAAAGCGUUACACUGUCGAUAACCCAAUCACA